AUGUCGCAAUUGUUGCAGGCCGUGAGGGUGCUAGAGUGUCCAUUGACCAAGGUUCCACCAUCAUUGCCAUCACCAGCUCUAGUCCGAUCCCGCUGCCCCCUGGCGCCCUCCUCUGCCCCUGUUCAUAGUGCAGCGCUGCACGGCAAGCCAGUUCUUGGGACAGCAACGACUAAGCUGGCUCCCCCCACCAACACCCACGCAAUUCGCUCUCUGUGCCCCUCCUCGUCUGCGGUGUCUUCUCACACACUCCGUUUCACCUCCCCUCCCUCUCAUCAGCCUGCUACUUUAUCUGCUCGCAAUCCCCGGGCGGCUUCCUCCACUGUGAAUCGUGCUGCUCUCCUCUCCCGCCACUUCUCUGCGUCCGCCGCUCGCCCUGCACCUGACAACACCGUCGCCAUGUCCUACUCCGUCCGCAAGAUCGGCCAGCCCAACACUCUCGAUUUCCGCGCCUAUGUCGAGAAGGAUGGCGUCCCGGUCUCUCCGUUCCACGACAUUCCGCUUUAUGCCAAUGAGCAAAAGACCAUCCUGAACAUGAUCGUUGAGAUUCCUCGCUGGACCAACGCGAAACUUGAGAUCUGCAAAGAGGAAUUCCUCAACCCGAUCAAGCAAGACAUCAAGAAGGGCAAAUUGAGAUUUGUGCGCAACUGCUUCCCUCACAAGGGUUAUCUCUGGAACUAUGGUGCAUUCCCACGCACCUGGGAAGACCCCAAUGUUGUCCAUCCCGAGACCAAGGCCAAGGGCGACAAUGACCCUCUCGAUGUUUGCGAGAUUGGCGAAUUGGUUGGCUACACUGGCCAGAUCAAGCAGGUCAAGGUUUUGGGUGUGAUGGCGCUCCUCGACGAGGAAGAGACCGACUGGAAGAUUAUCGUCAUUGAUGUGAACGACCCCCUUGCCAACAAACUCCAGGACAUUGAGGAUGUUGAGCGCCACCUUCCUGGCCUCAUGAGAGCCACCAAUGAGUGGUUCCGCAUCUACAGAUCCCGGAUGGGCAGGCCUGAGAACCAGUUCGCUUUCUCUGGCGAUGCAAGAACAGGAAAAUGCUCCGACGCCUGGGAGAGACUUAUGGCCGGAAAGUCCCAGCGUGGUGAUAUGUCCUUGGCUAAUGUCAGUGUCGAGGGCUCCGCCGACCGCGCUGAUCAAAGCAAGAUCGAAUCCAUCCCCGCUGGCCAGGACCUCCGCCCCGCUCCAAUUGAUGGCAGCGUUGACAAAUGGUUCUUCAUUUCAGGUGCUGCUGUUUAA